AUGAACAGUUCUGUCUCAGUUGCUAUUAGAAUUAGACCACAAAAUGAACGAGAAGUCAAUGAUGUCUGUAUUAAAGCAGAAAAUGACAAGACUUUGGUUUAUUUUUCUGAAGAGUUAAAAGGAGAAAGUUUUAAUUUUGAUUAUGUUGCUGAUCAAAAAACAUCACAAAAAGAUGUCUUCACUCAAAUAGGAAUUCCUCUUGUUGAAACAGCAUUAAACGGAUAUAAUUCAACUUUAUUUGCUUACGGGCAAACAGGUUCAGGAAAAACGUUUACUACAUUUGGAAAUUGUGACGUUGAAGAAGAACAAGGAAUUAUACCCCGAUCAUUAAAAUAUUUGUUUGAAAAGGUAAAUGCUCAAAUGGAUACAGGAAGUGGAAUUAUUUAUUCAAUGACAUGUUCAAUGCAAGAAAUUUAUAAUGAACAAGUAAUUGACUUAAUUGAUAAAAAUAAAAUUAAAACAGAACUGAGUAUGGUAGCUGUUUCUGGUGAUGAUGAUAAGCGAAAACGAAAAAAUGAUUUAUCAAAUGAACAAAUUGUUAUUACUUCUUGGGAAGAAGCAUGGGAAAUUAUCCAAAAAGGAUUUACAUUAAGACACACAAGUGCGACAUUAUCAAAUGAUAGAUCAUCUCGUUCACAUUGUAUAUUCACUGUAUUUAUAUCAAAGUUAGAAAAUGGAAUUGGAAAAAAAGUUGAAUCAACAAGUAAAUUAACGUUUGUUGAUUUAGCUGGGUCUGAACGUCAAUCAAAUACUGGAGCAAAAGGAAAACUAUUAAAAGAAGCAGCAAAUAUUAAUCGUUCUCUUGUUGUAUUUGGAAGAGUUAUUCAUGGAUUAGUUCAAGCAAGUACUGGUAAGUCAGAUGUGUUUAUUCCUUAUAGGGAUAGUAGAUUAACAUUUAUGUUAAAAGAUUCAUUAGGUGGUAAUUGUAAAACAGUUAUUAUUGGAACUGUUUCACCUUCAUUAUCAAGUAUUAAAGAAACAUCUUCUACUAUUAAAUUUUGUUUUUCAUCACGUAAUAUAAAAUGUAUUAUUAAAAGAAAUGCUGUUUAUACAGGAACACCUGAUGAAAUGAAAGAAGAGAUUGAACGACUAAGAUUAGAAAAUGAACAACUUAAACGAGGAAAUGGAAUUAUAAUUGGGGCUGACAAACUUGAGAAAGCAAAAUCACAAAUAAGACAUUUAGAAUAUACAGUAUUUGCUAAAAUGGAUCAAGAAAGAAUACUUAGAGAUGAAAAGAGAGAUUUAGAAGAAAAAUUAAAGAAGAAAGAUGAUAUUGUUUCAAGAUGGCUUCAGAAUGAAGAAACAUUCAAAAAAACUGUUGAUGCGUUACAAAAACAAAUUUUAGGAUUAAGAAAAGGAAAUAGUAAAAUUGUUAGUGAUGCCAUGAAAACAGAGAUUGAAAAAUGGAAAAAACUUGCUCAAAAUAACGCAAAAAUUGAAACACUUCAAUUAGAAAAUGAUGAAUUAAAAGAUAAAAUUGAAAAAUUACAACCAACAGAAGAUAAAACUGAGGAGUUAAAUCGAAUUAUUAUGGAAAAGACAGAUGAGAUAACUAUUAUUUCUAAACAACUAAGGGAAGUUACAGAAACUAAAGAGGAAUUAAUUAAAGAAAGAGAUGCUUUAAAACUCGAUGCUACUAGAUAUGUUGAAAAAGAGUUCAAACAAAAAAUUAAUGAUUUGGACACAGAAAUCAUUGAGUAUAAAACUGCACUGAGUGAUAGAGAAAAGAUUAUAGAAGAUUUACAUCUUGAGAUUGAUAAUCUUUAUAAAGAUAAUGAACAAUUUGUCAUUUAUAUUGAUGAACUUAAAAAAGCACUCGAUAAGUAUUCUAGAAAAAGUGUAAGGGAAUUAAAAGAAGAAGUUUGUGGAAAAGAAGAGCAACCCAAAUAG